AUGACCGCGGGAAGUAAAGCUGAGGGAAUAACUAAAUAUUACGAAAGUGAUAUUGAUCGUUUGAUCCUUUACAAAGACGUUAAAUGUUUAGAAGAAGGGACUUCUGAUUCUAGUUUUGUUGUUUUUCACAUGGAUAAAUAUCUAUGUUCGCCUGGCUAUACCAGACUUGUGCUGAGUAAUUGUAAUAAAAUGGCUCUAUCAAAUGAAGUAAAAAAUUGUCUCAUUGAGCAAAAUGGUAAAACAUAUAUUUCCAAUAGAUUUACUGAAAGUUUUGUUGAGUAUUCUGAAUAUGGCAGAAAAGCCCAUAGAGUUGAUUUAAUUGGAUCGCCUGUUAAUUUAUUUCGUAAACAUGGACCAUGUGUUUCAUUUCGAAGUGAAAACAUAUCAUUUGACUUUGUAGCUGGAUUUAAGUGUCAAAGUCAAGAUCUUCUUGGAAAAUGGGAGCAAAGAAAGAGAACAUACGACUGGCCGAACAGUACAUUAAUAAAGGAGAUAUCGGGAUCCGAAGGUCAUGUUGUUCCGGUUGCAGAAGUUCAAAGUCAAUUUCCUGAUACAGAAUGGCGUAUUUGCUUUACAAAUGCAGAACUUUUGUUGGUGAAUUCUCUAAAUGAACAUCAUCUCAAAGUAUAUAUAUUGUUGAAAAAGCUUUCAGAGACAGCUCUAAAACCGAUUUGUCCGGCAAUAACGUCAUACAUAGUAAAGAAUGUUAUUUUAUGGCAAGCAGAGAAUACACCAAAAAACCUUUUUGCUCCAAAUUUACUUUUGUUCAGAUUAUUUGAUGCCCUCAAAUUCUUACAAGACUGCAUUAAGUGUAAUAACCUUAAAAGUUAUAUGAUAGAAGACAGAAAUCUUUUCUUUGGACGAAUUUCUGAGCUGCAAAAAAAGUUAGCUAUUGAUAAAAUAGAUCAACUUCUUAGUAAAGAUGAACAACUUAUUCGAGAAACCAAGAAAUUAUUUGAUGCGUAUGAUGUUUUUGAUACGCCGGCAUUCAUUAAGAAAGCUGAAAAGGAAGAACAAAUUGAAAAGCUUCUGAUGAAGCAGUCAUUAUUGUAUAUGAAACUAUAUGACCGCUAUAGCACAUGUGAACAAUUUUUAAAUUGCCUGGCAGAAGAUAAAGAGUAUGUAGAAGUUAAAGCAGAGUUGCAAAGACUAGUGAUACCAGAGAAAUGCCCUGGAGUGCCAGACGCUAGUUCAUCAUAUUUAUACAGAUCAAGAUUAUCUCAUAUCCUACAAUGGUAA